UUAAGGCUGGUUUUGUGGUCUAUGGUCAAAUUUUAUAUAUUUAUAUGUAUAUACAGAAAAUAAUAAUUAAAUCAUAACAUUGUAGUUGAUGGUGUUAUUUAUAAAAGCAAAUGAUUAAUAAUUGCAUUUCCAGUGUACUCAAGGCUAGAUCAAAAUAAAGAUCCCACAAGUUUCAUCAAAAUUCUAGGAAAGAGAUGAUGAAAAUGAUUCCUUCUUCCACUUUUCUCAGGGUUUGUUGACAUAUACAAUUUAAGAUGUCACUUUCUUUUAUUCAGCAUGGUAAUUACCCACAUAUUUAUACUAAUAAAUAUUUUUUUAGGAAAACAAUCAACAGGACCAAUAAAUGUUUUCCGACUUUUAACGUUUUAUCUGAUAUAAAUGUGUCUUUGCACUUAACACAAUUAUGUAUUCAUAGGUGAGCGUGACUCCGCCCCCUCACAAUUUCUAUCGCAAACCUCACAGUUAAAAACCAGCAAUCUGUGCCCAUGUAACCACUUACACACUAUACUGCAUUUAGAGCGCACUUUGCUUGUUGAUUUGAAUCCAACACAUUUAAUAAAUAGGCAGAAUGAGCAACAUUGCACAGUUUCUUGCUAAAAGACAGGAUAGAGAAGACGGUAUUGGGACAAACAAGAAUGCAAUACCAUUCAACCAGCAGGACUACCACAGUCUGAAACGUGAAUGUUUAGAGAAAAAAACAUUGUUUUGUGAUCCGACCUUCCCUGCGGCUUCUGAGUCUCUGGGCUACAAUGACCUGGGACCGAAUUCCCCCAAGGCACAAGGGGUGGAGUGGAAAAGACCACAGGAGCUGUGUGCAAACCCUCAGUUUAUUGUGGAUGGUGCCAAGCGGACUGACAUCCGUCAAGGAAUAUCAAAUGACUGUUGGCUUAUGGCAGCCAUUGCCUCUUUGACUCUAAACAACAACAUUCUGGAGCGUGUGGUCCCACCUGGUCAGAGCUUUUCGGAUGGUUACGCUGGCAUCUUUCACUUUCAGUUUUGGCAGUAUGGUGAAUGGGUGGAUGUUGUCAUUGAUGAUCGUCUGCCUACCAGAAACGGAAAGCUGCUGUUUGUUCAUUCAGCAGAGCGUUCAGAGUUCUGGAGCGCCCUGCUGGAGAAGGCCUAUGCAAAGGUCAACGGCUCGUAUGAAGCUCUGGAUUACGGCAGAGUCACUGAGGGUUUUGAGGACUUAACGGGAGGUAUUGCUGAGAUCUUUGAGUUGAGUGAAGCCCCUUCACAUCUGUUUAAGAUCAUCCAGAAAGCAUUUGGUUUGGGCUCCUUGCUUGGCUGCUCCAUUGAUAAAAAAAAAGAGGUAAAGAACAGCCUAAAUCUGAGGCCAGGACAUGCAUACUCUGUCACUGGUGCACUGGAGGUUCACCACCUUGGGCGUCUGGUGCAGCUGGUGCGUCUUAGGAACCCGUGGGGUGAGAGGGAGUGGACGGGUGCAUGGAGUGAUAACUCUAGUGAGUGGAAUAAUGUUCGACCGGAGGAGAAAGUGAAACUGAAUUGUUCCGCUGAGGAUGGAGAAUUCUGGAUGGCAUAUUCAGACUUUGUGCGGCAUUUCACAAGGCUGGAUAUUUGUAAUCUGACUCCAGACACUUUGACCAGUGAAGAGGUGAGGCACUGGAACUACUGCCAGUUUGACGGCAACUGGAGACCAGGAUCCACCGCUGGUGGCUGCCGUAAAAAUACAGGUACGUUCUCCUCAAACCCUCAGUUUGUGAUCAAGCUUGAGGAUGUUGAUGAUGACUCUCAUGAUGGAGAAGAUGGUUGCACUUUGCUGGUGGGACUGAUGCAGAAAAAUUGGCGCAAAGACAAAUGCCUUGGAAGGCCCAUUGGCUUUGCCAUCUAUGAGGUUCCAGAUGAGUUCAAGGGUCGCAGUAAUAUUCAUCUCAACUCGGAUGUGCUGCUGCAUGAAAAAUCUGUUAAACCGUGUGAGUUCAUCAACCGGCGAGAGAUAAGCAAGCGCUUUAAGUUGCCUCCUGGAGAAUACGUCAUCAUCCCCUCCACUUAUGAGCCCAAUCUGCAGGGAAGUUUCAUACUGCGUGUGUUUACAGAGAAAAAGGCGGCUGCCAGCCCAAUGGAUGUUAAUAUCACUGCAAAAAUUCAAAAGGAUCGCAUAUCUGACAGUGAUGUGGACCCAAGCAGCAAACAGCUUUUUAUGCAGUUUGCUGGAAAUGACUCAGAGCUGUCUGCGAAGGAGCUACAGCAGUUGCUGAACAAAUUUGUGUCUGAAAGAACUGAUAUCAAGUCUGAUGGUUUCAGUAGAGAAACGUGUCGUCACAUUAUCAACCUGCUAGAUAAAGAUGGCAGUGGCAAACUUGGUCUGGUGGAGUUUCACACCCUGUGGAUGAAGAUCCAGAGAUAUUUAGAAAUCUUUAAGAACUGUGACACAGACAAGUCAGGCACUAUGAAUUCAUAUGAGAUGAGAGAUGCACUAAAAGAUGCAGGGUUUCAGGUGAACGGUGAAGUACUUCAGGUGAUAAUCUCACGUUAUGCCAAUAAGCAGCAAGCCAUUGACUUUGAUAACUUUGUGGGCUGCCUGAUCAACUUGGAGAUGCGCUUCAAAAUGUUUCAAUUGUUCGAUAAGAACACCGGGAAAAUCGAGCUGGAUAUCCAGCAGUGGCUUUGCUUGACCCUCAAUUAAAAAUCCACAAAUUUCCUGCAAAAACAGAAACAUUUCCAGGAGAAGGAUGGUUUGGCUGAUGGAGUAAAAUCAGACUGAUUAUGUUAUCUAAACCUUAAAUUGUCUUCUAAAGAUCUGAGUUUUGAGUAUUCAUUUUGCAUUUUUUUAUUACGUUUCUUUCAUUAUUAAUUUCUUUUUCUUACCAAUAAUCAUAUUUACUAACAUUGGUAACAUUUUACAACAAGGUUGUAUUUGUUAACAUUAUUAAAAUGAACUAACAAUGAAUGAUACUUCUACAUUUAUUAAUCUUAGUUCAUGUUAAUUUUAUCAUUCACUACAUUUUUAACAUCAAAAGUAGUAUCUGUUCACAUUGGUUAAUGCACAAUUAAUUAACAUGAACAAUUGUAUUAUCAUUAACUAACAUUAACAAAGAUGUAAAGUGUUAGCCUAACAUUUACUAUUUUUAAUCAUUCUAUCAUUUUUCUUAUUUUUAUUACUGUUUAAUCUUCUGUCGGGUACUGUAUUGUCUUCACAAGUACGGAUAAGGGAAUGUUUAGGAAGUUUUAACAGUACAAUAGCAGUGUGUCUACUGUCUUUGCUAUAAUAACACCUGUUUAAUCGGUUUACAUUCAGAUAAAGUUAGACUUAGUAUUGAAAUGCAACUACGUUUAAA